AUGAAAUUCCUAUUGGCAUUCGUCGCAGUAGUCGCUGUGGCCUCAUCGGCCGUAGUGCGAGGUCCAAGAAAUGCUGAAGUGGAGGCGAUUAUUGCCGCCAUCAACAGCCCCAGCACUCACCCAGCUACCGCAGCUGCACUUGAGCAAAUGCUCGAAGACUUAUUCGGCGUUGCUGUCGGCCCUGCUAUCGUGCAGCCAGUUCAGCCUAUUGUUCCUACGCCUGUCAUCGUCGAUGGAGGAUCUCCAACACCGAUCGCACAACCUUCACCUGUGAUCGUCGUCGACCCUGCUCCGGUUGCUCCCUCACCUGUGAUCAUCGUCGAUUCAGCUCCCGAGGCCCCAAUUGUCCCCACACCAGUGAUGGUGCCUGAACAAGCACCCGCCAGCCCGCCUAGCAGUGCUCCUCUUGUUCAGAUCAUCUUGAACAUCAACCAGGUCUCUGACACUCCUGUUGUAUCCCCUUCCCCUGUUGUUGUCCCCGAAGAAAUCGCACCUUCUCCCGUUAUCGUAGUUGAGCAGCCCGAGAUCCCUAUCCCACAGCCGAUCAUCAUCGGACCCGUUCCGGAGCCAAUCGUCAUCGGACCCGUUCCGGAGCCAAUCGUCAUCGGUCCCGUUCCGGAGCCAAUCGUCAUCGGACCCGUUCCAGAGCCAAUCGUCAUCGGACCCGUUCCGGAACCAAUCGUCAUCGCUCCCGUUCCUGAACCAGUCAUCGUUGCGCCUGCUCCCGAGGUCGUUGUUCCUGAGCCAGUUGUGAUCGCUCCUGCUCCUGAACCAGUCAUCGUUGCGCCUGCUCCCGAGGUCAUUGUUCCUGAGCCAGUUGUGAUCGCACCUGCUCCUGAACCAGUCAUCGUUGCGCCUGCUCCCGAGGUCAUUGUUCCUGAACCAGUUGUGAUUGCUCCAGCUCCUGAACCAGUCAUUGUUGCGCCCGCUCCUGAGGUCAUUGUCCCUGAGCCAGUUGUGAUCGCACCUGCUCCUGAACCAGUCAUCGUUGCGCCUGCUCCCGAGGUCAUUGUUCCUGAACCAGUUGUGAUUGCUCCAGCUCCUGAACCAGUCAUUGUUGCGCCCGCUCCUGAGGUCAUUGUCCCUGAGCCUGAAGUCAUCGCACCUUCUCCGGCCGUUAAUCUACCCGACACGCUCAAUUAA